ACGAACCACACGCAGUUUCUUUGGUGAUGUCAUUUACUUACAGAAAGACAUAGACCCGAGAACCCUCUUGACGAGAGAAGAAAAGAGUAAACAUGAUGUACCGAUGCUACGCACAUUCUGGCCACACUCUUUGCCAGUAAUGCAGGUUACUUAGUACAAAAAGUGUAUUUGAUAUAUGGCGACAAAAAGACAAUGGAGCUCUAAUACUUCGGGUUAAAGAAGUGGGCAAACAUGAGCGUUACCUUUAGAAAGACAGAGUUAGAGUCGACAUCGUUGACCCUUGGGAAAUGAUAACUACAUGUAUAACGAAAGUAGUCAAUACCUCCUUCGUUGUGUUACUGACGGAAGGUGCGUAGUAGAUGCUACCUGUAAGUUCUGGUCGUUCCCAAAAUCAUAUCCAGUUGCUGGAGUAAUUGCUUUGUCGCAUAUAUUAUUACAUGGAUGUCUUACCUUCAUGUAUCUUCGUUGUAUAGAAUUCAUAUUCUCAAACACUGGCCAGUUCACAAGUCAAAUUACACUUUGGCGUACCAAGGAUAAUAAAUUCAUUACAAUGUCCUUGGGUGAAAAGACUACAAACUUGUACACAACAUUUUGUAGUUUAUAGUUGACCAUACAAAAGUCACUGUACAUGUUGUCGUGUCAAGAAAGUUUGAUUGAUCAUUGAUUGAUUUUAAAACAAACGUACCAAAGGACGACCUAAAAAAAAUUCUCGCAGAUUAAACAAAUUUUCAGUUUCCACCGGGCAGCUUACGGCACUUUACGGCUUAAAGAUAUAUAUUGAACGUCCCAGCCUGAGGACUCCAACCCUUUCCGGUAGCGUACAUUAUGGAUGAGUGUCGCAGCCGGGAUUGAAUAAAAACAUCGCAUGUACAGCUUCGUUUCUGACACUAUCCACUGGACUUGGUAUGCUACGUUUCUAAUCCCCGAGCUGGUGCAGCCGGCGGGCUGACAAACGAGUUUACUGAGAAUAACCUCAGGAGAGGUCGAUGAUCUUUAAUAUGUCUCAUGUUAACAUUGUCCACACUACAGAUCUGGCAGAGUUGGAAAUCAUGUCUGGGGUCAAAACCUAAUGUAGAGCGACAUGGAACUAGCGAAGCGACAGUACCCUGUUGGGACGUCUGCAUGACUGCAGGAUUCUUUUGUUCCAUUGCUUCAAUGGACGGUGUACCGGAAAGGUGAGGAAGACACGCCCAACCAGGUAGGAGGGCGAUCUCAUUCCCACAGGCAACGUACGUAGUGCUUAACUUGCAUCAAAAUCAACUGACUAUGUAGAAAUGUCAAAUCUUACGCGAGAUUUCAUUAAUGUUGUACCGUAAAUGGAUUAGAUUGAUCUCAUUGCUAGGGAAAAUAAGAUGUUUGCAUGCAGUCGAUGGUACAGUCCUGAAUGCCGUUUAACCACAUGAUCUGACGCCUCCGGCGCUGUGCGUGAGCGGACCUGCGUGUCUUCGCACACAACAAACCGUAAAUAUGGCCGUGGAAGAUACAACGCUGUACUUGUCCAUAGCGUGGCUAUGCUGUGUCGGUUUGACUGUGGUCGGUAACCUGUGGUGCAUGGCUGCUGUUCUCCGACACUGGGCAGGUCUCAGACCAGCCGACGUCCUCGUUCUCACCAUUACGUUGGGCAAUUUAACGACCGCAUUAUUCCCUGUCCUGAUGUAUGCUGUGGUGACCAUACGUGAGCAGGCCUGGCAGGAGCCUCUGUGUAAAGUCUUUGUCUGGUCACUGCUGUCAUUCAAGAUGAUAGUGAGCCUUUCUGUGAUGAUGUACACGGUGACUAGACUGUGUGACCGGAGCAGGUCCAGGCCUCACAAUUGCGGUGUCUCCGGGGAGUUCGCCAAGGCUGUGUCCCUGACGACCUGUCUGCUUCCCAUGAUUGUGUGCGUGCUACCUGUGGUUGGAAUAACACCCAGCAUGUCCACAUCGGGCGACGCCUUCUACACAAACGGAAAGUGUGCGUUCUCUCUGGCAGCGACCGGCCUGGGGUAUGCGGUGUUCUACAUGUGCACCCUGUUCGUGCUACUAUGUGCUGGUAUCGCUGCAGUAGAACUGAUUUUUAUUAGGACACGGAAAGAAAAUAACCACUCACAAGGAACUUGCGAGUCAACUGAAAACCAUGAGAGUAAGGUGAACAGCCCGGCAGACCCAACAGCUAGCGUGUGUGUGUUAGAUCCUGACGAUGACAGGACCGCCAGACAGUGGGACUUCGCUGCAGUUGGCGUCACUAUCGUGUGCUACCUUCUUGCUGAUGUGCCUUUCCUGGUGACGAACCUGUUAGACGUUAUCUUGGAACGGACACCAACAUGGCUGCCGCCUACCCUGGUCUCCACCUGCCUGGUACAGACUGCUGUUGCACCAUGGGUAUUCCUGGCCGUGUGCGACAGGUACCGACCCAGGUGCUGUGUCUGCUGUGGGGGAGUCACGGCUAAGGAGCAACAACCAGAAGGGAUAGCCACAGCGAGUCGAUACAAGAGGAACAAGAAGCCGAAAGCUUCUGAUAUCCCUCGUCCUCACUCAAGGGUCACGUGGGCUCAAGACGGUGAAGCGUCGGACGAGUCCACUACGUCAGAAGAAGACGUGUCCGCCAGAGGGCGGUCCACACUACCCACCGUGGAUGAAGUGGACGAGCGCCCAUCAGAUCCCGCUACCACAUUAGCACGAGUUCUUCUCUCAGGGAAGAGAUUAGAGCGGUCACAAGGGGAAGAUUUUGAGGAUGUUGUCGAAGACAUCAAGCCCAGUGCCUCAAGACGGCAGGAACGAAAACGAAAGGUGGUUAGUCAAGGCACAGACCAAACUCCAAGCGGAGAUAUUUGGAUCAGUGGAUUGACUGAAGAUAUUGUUAACGGAAAACUUAACGACUCUAGACAAUCGGUACCGACGCCAUUACAAGCCCACCAGGCGAGGGACAUCUCUAAGCGUGGUGAACCAGAUGGCCUGCCACCAUCGCAACUUCUUGAUGGCAUCACGUCAUCAGCUGUAAGUGGCAACAGAAUGGUCCAACCUCCCGUGCCACAGAAGCGUAAACACAGCCGACCUCCUCCACUGUACGGCGACCCACCGGAGCUAGAGAAAACUACCGACGGUAAAGGAUUCCGCCCCUAUAAAAAGAAUCAACCUUGGCUGAGAAGCGGACACUCGGGUCCGCCUCCGCCCUACAGCGUCGCUCUGUCCAAACUGAACCAGGACAGAGACACACACAACAACACACAACAACACACACACAGCAGAGUGCCGCGUAGCAAAAUCGACAGUAACAAAACUAGUUCUUCCUCCUUGGAGAUCAUCAGCCAAUCUGGCCAUGUGUCCGACAGCGACACAGACAGCUCGAAAGACCCGGUCGUACCAAAAGUUCGCUUCACUCAUCCGUUAGCGCUUGAGAACAGAGCAUUCGUCGCCAGUCCAGAAGAGAUUACCCAGCUGUACAGUCCGGACGAAGAAGUUCGGGAUGAUUCGGAAGUGGUGACUCCGACGGGUUCUCCGACGUCCUCCCACCGGGGAUUCAUAUCCCUGCAGAGUCUGGACAAGAGACUUGCUUCACAGUACUCGGUCAUGGACCAGGGAGAAAUGGUUUGGCACACGGCGGAUAAAAAGCCGAGCACGUCCUCUCACUACGAAACAAGACCAGAGACCGCGCCUACCUCUCUCGGUGAUGUUCGUCCCGCUGUCCGCACGACUCGUCCCGGGCGGCAGAUCGUCAUGCUGCCCGCGCUGGAGGCCUCCUGGGUUUAGCCUCAGACGUCACACUGAGGUUUGACUUAGGCGCCAUGCGUCACCAAUGGAGGGACGAAUUUAUCAAGUGAAGUAGAGGGAGGCGAGUCCUGAGUCAUGGAAACAAAUCAUCAGUGUCGUUAUGUAAACUGCUGACAAUGCAAGAUCACUGAUAUCAGACCAGAUCUUAAAAGAAAUUAAGAAAACAUACGCUCUUCGAAAACCAGAACCAAUUUAAAUGUUCAAAACAGAACGAUUUCUGUAAACCUGGAAUAGUUUGCUGUAAGGAAACUGUAUUUUGUCCCAUUGUUCAUGGACCUAACGUAGAGUUUCUACAAUUUUUGCUCACUCGGUGGUUUUAUUAGGUGGUUAUAGCAAAGGACCAGACGUUAUGACACCAUAUACAUGUAUACCAAUAAACAGGCGGGUCAUUAAUGUUAUUAUCAUAUAGCUUAUCCAAACUGACCCAUUUAAGCGACAAAUUCAUUUAUAAUACAUACAUACUUUAUUCAAUACAUUCAAUAAAUUCUAACAGUGAAUUUGAACAACAUAUAACUUAUAUGUGAAAUGUCGUUCAGUUCCAAGGCUUAAAAUAAUGACAAAGUCGAUUCAUUAUAUUACUUGAAGUUGAAUGUAACAGGUGAAAGUGGACUUGGCCGCCAAAUAACUGUAACAUGAACUGCAGACUGUACGAA